CUACUGGGAGUGCGUGCAGAUUUGCCUAGCUUCUUUUUCUGCAUACAAUUUAGGAGGACUUUUUUUUUCGCCUUGUUAAUUGGAAAUACCCAGUUUGACAAUUUGUUAUCUUGUUGUUCUGGUUAAUCAUUUCUGGUUCUAAAGACAAAAAAAAGUAGACUCUGAUGGGUUUUAUUGCUGAUUCGCAAAAAGGUGUAGGUUUAUGGGGAGGUUGUGUUAGGAGUUUGGUAAGAAGAAAACAGGUUGAUUCUGCUCAUGUCAAAGUUAAAGGUCACCAUCAGUUAGCUAAGGAGUUGUCUGUUCCUCACCUUAUUGUUAUUGGUAUUGGCUCAACAAUUGGAGCUGGAGUGUAUAUUCUUGUUGGUACAGUAGCUAGAGAGCAUUCUGGUCCAGCUCUCGCGAUUUCGUUUCUGAUUGCUGGAGUCGCUGCUGCUCUUUCUGCUUUUUGUUAUGCAGAGCUAGCAAGUCGUUGCCCAUCUGCAGGCAGUGCCUAUCACUAUUCUUAUAUAUGUAUUGGAGAGGGUGUUGCAUGGUUGAUUGGCUGGGCUCUAGUAUUGGAAUACACAAUUGGUGGAUCAGCAGUUGCUCGUGGCAUAUCCCCCAAUCUGGCAUUCUUUUUCGGAGGUCCGAAUAGUCUUCCUGGUUUUCUAGCUCGUCAGCACAUUCCUGGGCUUGAUAUUGUGGUUGAUCCUGUUGCUUCAAUUUUAGUAUUUAUUGUUACUGGACUAUUGUGUGUGGGAAUCAAGGAGAGUACUCUAGUACAAGGUUUUGUCACCACUGUGAACGUUUGUGUUCUGCUUUUUGUCAUAAUAGCUGGUAGUUAUCUGGGCUUCAAGACUGGAUGGGCAGGAUAUGGGCUUCCUUCUGGGUAUUUUGCAUUUGGAGUAGAUGGGAUGCUUGCAGGGUCUGCAACCCUCUUCUUUGCGUGCAUUGGUUUUGAUUCUAUUGCCAGCACUGCUGAGGAGGUGAAAAAUCCUCAACGAGAUUUGCCUUUGGGCAUAGGCUUUACACUGGCUACUUGCUGUACCUUAUACAUGCUGGUUUCUGUAGUCAUUUUGGGUCUGGUACCUUAUUAUGCAAUGAAUCCUGAUACGCCCAUCUCCUCUGUAUUUGCUGAACAUGGCGUGCAUUGGGCAGCGUACAUAAUAACUUCUGGAGCUGUUAUGGCACUUUGUUCAGCAUUGAUGGGCUCACUUCUUCCUCAGCCACGGAUCCUAAUGGCAAUGGCUAGAGAUGGAUUACUUCCAUCAUUCUUUUCAGAUGUAAAUAAAAAUACACAGGUACCUGUAAAGAGCACUUUGGCAACCGGCAUUGGUGCUGCAACGUUGGCAUUUUUUAUGGACGUUGAUCAGUUGGCUGGAAUGGUCAGUGUGGGCACACUUCUUGCUUUCACCAUGGUUGCUAUUUCUGUAUUGAUACUGAGAUAUGUCCCGCCAGAUGAGGUGCCAUUUCCAUCCUCACUUCAGGACACAAUAGAUUCUGUGGCAUUGCAAUAUGAUCUGAACGGUCAGGAUAUUAAUUGUGAAACUUCUGAGAUUGAUGCUGGUACUUCAAGUACUUUGCCCAUGCUACACAAAAACAAUGCAGCUGUUGAUUAUCCUGAAAUCGUACAACAAGAAGCUCAAGGUAAUUUUGUUCUAAAAGAAGAGAACAGAAGAAAAAUUGCUGGCUGGACCAUAGCAUUCACAUGUACUGGGGCAUUUCUUCUUACAUAUGCAGCUACAGAUCUGAAUCUCCCAAGGCCUGUUCGCUUUACAAUGUGUGGGGUUGGUGGUGCUCUUCUACUAUUUGGUCUGAUUGUGCUGACUCUUGUGGAACAAGAUGAUGCAAGACAUAGUUUUGGGCAUUCUGGAGGAUUUAUUUGUCCAUUUGUUCCACUGCUUCCUAUCUUCUGCAUUCUCAUCAACACAUACCUGCUGAUUAAUCUGGGUGCUGCUACCUGGGCCCGUGUUUCGGUCUGGCUCCUCAUUGGAGUGUUUGUUUAUGCAUUAUAUGGGAGGACUCACAGCUCGCUAUUAGAUGCAGUCUAUGUACCUGUUGCACAUGCUGAUCGGAUUCAUCGCAGCUCAGUAGAUAUUUUAGCUUGAAAUCCAACUAGUCUCAUUAGCCAGGAUCCCUUUCCAUUCUUGCAACAGAAUCUCUUUGUUGUAUGUUGGGACUGCCUCCAAUAGGAAAUGAAAAAAGGAAAGAAAAGAAAGAACCUUUUUGCUUGUUCUCCCAUUGCCCCAUGUAUAUAUUUAUAAUUAUUGUGGCUGAAAUCAGUCUCGUGUGCAUAGUAUAUUUGAGGGUUGAUUGGACCUGUUUCAAACAAUGUAAAUAGCUUGCGAGUUGAAGAUCUGCUUUUAUUUCC